AUGUAUAAAAGACCAUCCUCAGAGCCCAUUGCCAUUAUUGGAAGCAGCUGUCGAUUUGCUGGAAAUGCGACUUCGCCAUCCAGACUGUGGCAAGUCCUAUCCAACCCCCCCGACCUUUCAAAAGAAGUCCCAGCAGCUAGAUUUAAUGCGCGAGCAUUCUAUCAUGAAGAUGGAGAGCACCUCGGCACAACAAAUUCAAUCAAAGCAUACUGGCUGGAGCAAGACCAUCGAGUUUUUGACGCUGGCUUCUUCAAUAUCACACCAAAGGAGGCGGAAGCAAUCGAUCCCCAGCAGCGAAUUCUACUUGAAGUUGUAUAUGAAGCCAUGGAGUCUUCAGGCAUCACACUGCACCAAUACUCGGGAGAGAAUGUAGGAGUCUUUGCUGGCGUCAUGACGGCUGACUAUGAUACUUUAUCCCAAAGAGAUGAGCUAUCAGCCAGUCAGUACUAUGCGACAGGGAAUGCUCGUUCCAUCAUCUCAAAUCGCAUAUCCUACUUCUUCAAUUUCCGGGGCCCUUCCAUGACAAUCGACACUGCCUGCAGCUCAUCACUCGUUGCACUGCAUCAAGCUGUGCUGAGCCUUCGCUCGGGUGAAGUACCAAUGGCAUGUGUCACGGGGGUUAAUCUGAUGAUUACACCCGAGCAAUUUCUCGUCGAGUCGAGCUUGCACAUGUUGAGCCCCACUGGCAAGAGUAGAAUGUGGGAUCAGACUGCUGACGGAUAUGCCCGGGGUGAGGGCGUAGCGGCUAUUUUGAUCAAGCCACUCUCGCGUGCUUUGCAAGAUGGCGACGAGAUCCUGGGACUGAUUCGACAGACUGGAGUUAACUCCGACGGUCGAACUCCGGGUAUCACGAUGCCCAAUCCGGGUGCUCAAGAAUCCCUGAUCAGAAGUACAUAUCUUGCAUCGGGUCUCGAUCCUCAAUGUCCAGAGGACCAAUGCCAGUACUUCGAGGCACAUGGGACUGGCACACAAGCGGGUGACCCUCGGGAGGCCCAGGCAAUCCACGAUGCCUUUUUCGGGUCAAAACCUGAUGCCAAAUCAGAUAAAAAAAUGCUGGUAGGAUCCGUAAAAACAGUUAUAGGGCAUACCGAGGGUGCCGCAGGCUUGGCCGGUGUGUUGAAGGUUCUACAAGCCAUAAAGCAUGGUCAAGUACCUCCAAAUCUGCACCUAGACACCCUCAACCCUGCAGUACGUCCAUUUUACAAGCACUUGGAGAUACCUACGUCCCUAGUCGCCUGGCCAAGAACACUCGAAGGCCACCCUCGCCGGGCCAGUGUCAAUUCUUUUGGAUUUGGCGGCACGAAUUCUCAUGCUAUCAUUGAAUCAUACGAUCCACAAAUCCACGGAGCUGCCGAUGUUGGCUCGCCGUUACAAGAGAUUACUUUGCAAGACCCCAGUCUAAGUGAGCAGUUGGAUUCUUCUGCCUUAUCUCAUCUUCCGCUGCUACUAUCAGCAUCCUCGAGAAAAUCGCUUCUCGAAGUUACACGCACCUGGAGAAACUACCUCGCAGAAUGCCAGGAUGUCUCGCUUCCUCAACUUUGCUUGAACCUCUUUCGCUACCGCACAGCGCUUCCAUACAGGCUUUCGGUUUCCGUCGCUUCCAGAGAACAAGCCCUGGAACUGUUAGACGCGGCAUUAAGCAGAGAACACGGUAUACAAGAGUUUGGAAUUCGUUCCAAAAACUUGACACAUACACCGCGCAUCCUGGGUGUAUUCACUGGCCAGGGCGCCCAGUGGUCUUCUAUGUCUCGUACACUUCUACAGACGAAUCGAAUGUAUCGAGAGACAAUCCAAGACUUAGAUCACGUUCUACAACAGUGCCCAAAUCCGCCCUCAUGGACAUUGGAGCACCAAAUCAUGGCUGAUGAGCCCCAAUCUCGAACCCAUGAGGCCCAAAUAUCACAACCUUUGUGUACAGCAGUACAGAUAGGGUUGAUGAAUAUCCUGAAAGACCUUGGAGUGCAAUUCCAAGCUGUUGUUGGACACUCAUCUGGUGAAAUUGCCGCAGCCUACGCAGCGAAUAUGCUUUCUGCAAGGGAUGCGAUAUUGAUUUCAUACUACCGGGGACUGUAUGCUCAUCUCGCCCGAGGCACCAAUGGGGAACGGGGAGCUAUGAUGGCAGUCGGAAUGUCCGAGAGUGAAGCACUGGAAUUUUGUCGCGAUCCAUCGUUUGAGGGAAAGAUUUGUGUGGCGGCCAGCAAUGCACCCUUGAGUGUUACGCUGUCGGGAGACGUACACAUGAUUCAAAACGCCAAGAACAUGUUGACCGAACAAUCAAGAUUUGCCAGAGUCUUGCAGGUAGAUACGGCCUACCACUCGCCUCACAUGACGCAACCAGCACAAGCCUACAUCGAUGCGCUCGCAAAAUGCGACAUCUCACCUCUUCCAGCAGCCUCCAAUGUAUCGUGGAUUUCCAGCGUGCAUGGGUACAGUCAAGUAAGCGAUAAAGAUUUGACCUCGGUUUAUUGGCGAGACAACAUGGUCGAAUCAGUACAAUUUUGCAGCGCAGUCACGACAGCAAUCACUGAUUUGGGACCAUUUGACUGUGCUGUUGAGGUUGGGCCACAUCCAGCACUCAAAGGACCAGUAACUCAGACGGCCAAAGAAAUCCUUGGCGCUCCAGUGCCUUAUUAUGGCUUAUUGGAGAGAUCAAAAGAUGAUGGGCUUGCAUUCUCCGAGUUCUUGGGUGCCAUGUGGUGCCAAUUUGGGCCCCUAUCUGCUAAUGUUUCACAAUAUGUCCACCAGUCAUUCGCGCACUCUCUGAUGAGCGACAGGUUGAGAAAUCUGCCUUCCUAUCUGUGGGAUCAUUCACAGACCCACUACAGGGAGUCUAGGAUAUCGCGACAGUACCACUUCAAGCAUUCUGCCCCUCAUGAGCUUCUCGGGGUACGGACUCGCGACGAUAACGCGUUUGAACUUCGGUGGCGCAAUAUCCUGCGGCCAGGCAAGUUACCGUGGCUCCAGGGACACUGCUUUCAAGGCCAGGCUCUAGUUCCCGCAUCGGCAUAUUGUGUCAUGGCUCUAGACUCUGCACUCCAGCUACUGAAUGGAAGAAGUGCUUCGGUCAUUGAACUCAGAGAUAUCGACAUCAUGAGCGGUAUCAGCAUGGAAUCAGACUCCGCAGGGACUGAGCUAUUGUUUUCACUAAGAGUAAACGAGCAACACAAAGAAAGGGGCGACAGAGGAACGAUAACAGCUUCAUUCACGUUGGCCUCAUGUUCAGCAGACGGCAGUGCUGCCAUGAGGAAGAAUGCAUCUGGAAACAUUCUGAUCAUACUGGACGAUAUGGCAACUGACGCUCUCCCAUUCAGGCAAGCGUCAUUGUCAGAAACGCUUCCAGCUAGUACAGAUGCGUUCUACAGGAUGAUGGAUAAUACCGGAUUGGUAUAUAGCGGCCCAUUCAGAGCAUUACAAUCGAUCAAACGCCGAUGUGAUUUUGCUUCUACGACCUUGCUGAGGCGUCACCCUGAAGACACAACAGAGCUCACAUUGAGCCCUGCUACGCUGGACAGCUGCCUCCAAUCAGCAUUUCUGACCUACUCGUCUCCUGGCGAUAAAUCUCUUUGGACGUCUUUCUUGCCGACUCGCAUCGCCAGAAUCCAAUUUAAUGUUGCUCAGCUUGGCAAGAAUUCCAAGAAAGAAGACUCGGACCUUCUCACCGUGGACAGCCACUUGACCGAAGUCCGUGGAAGCACAUCCGAUUCCAAGGCCACAUUUACAGUGGAAAUUGGUAUUUACAAUGAGAAUGAUGAAAUGGAAAUUGAGAUUGAAGGACUCACCGUUGCCGCGUUCGCCAAUACACGUCCCGAAGAUGAUUAUGAGCUCUAUCUUCACACGGUCAUGGACAUUGACCCGACGGAUGAGAUCGUUUCACUUGUUCAAAACACGGGUCAAUACAUUUCAGAGAUGACAGAACUCUGUGAAAAAAUAUCGUCUUUAUACUCAACGGACGGAAGUCGAGCAGUAUUUGCGCCAGCAAGCGGUAUUAACACCAAUCCAUUCGGCAAGAGGGAUAAUGAGUCGAUACACUCACAAAGUCGGGGCAUUCAUACCGUCACUCACAGUAAAGUGUUCCUCGACCCUUGUGACGAGUCUCUGCGAUUCCUACACGAGAUUGGAAGGUCGGUUCCAGCUUUGCUGCCGAGCGCUAUACCCGUGGUCGUUCAAGAAGCAGCUCUUCAACUACGCCAUGCUCAUCAUCUUGAAAGAGUUGUGAAACAGAUCUCACAUAAAUAUCCACGUAUGAACGUAUUAAGCAUUGCGGGAACUGGGAUUGAUCUAUCAGACUCAAUACUCCACGGCCUUGGAUCGUCAUAUCUAUCUUUCACGACAGCGGUUGCCAGUCAGGAAACGCACAAAGCUCGCGAAGUAUCAGAGCAGGAUCCUGGCACAACGGGACAAGCACAAUGGCUUGAUGUGACUGUGGAUGUAUUGAAACAGCUAAAGUCGGCGACUCUUCUGGAUCUUGUCGUUGUUGAUUUGUCUAUUCUAGCUCAUGGCAGUCUACAAGAUUCCUUGACGAAUGUCAGGGCAUCUAUGCGUGAUGGCGCGUUCCUCUUGCUUGUUCGAUUUGAUGAAAGCCCAUUGCGGAGAAAUCUUCACCACGCCGUGCAGCCAUCCACUAUCAUGCGGCCCGAGUUCCAACCUCAGGAAAACAGAAUCCUACUGGAGGAGUGCGGGUUCUCGAGUGUUGCCAGAAACUCAGACCAGACAAUCGCUCCAGGAUUCUCUAUCCAUGUUUACCAAGCAUCCGCAACGCUUGUGACUUCACGGAAGACAUCGCCUCCUCUUGAAGCCUCACCUCAAAGAGAGAAAGUCCUGAUCAUUGGUAUCGGGCGCGACAGAACCCCCACAAUCGGCCACACCCUACAGCACAAUCUCAUUCGAGAUUGUAGUUCUGUCGAACUCAUCGAGUCAAUUGAAAGCGUUGACACAAGUCGCCUUCAUGAUUAUACCUCGACCAUCGUUCUUGAGGAUUUGGAUUUUGCAGUCAUGUCGAGUAUGACGGAGCGGAAGUUAUCGGUCUUAAAAGAAUUGCUUCGUCCUAAUAUGACGAUUCUUUGGCUGACCAGAAACACGAGGUUCGGCAAUCCGGAACAUGCUUCGACGCUUGGUUUCACCCGAACCGUCUCUGCAGAGGUACCAAAUCUUAGACUACAAGUAUUGGACUUGGGCGACAUGGUGGACUGUGAAGAUGUCAUCGCCAAGGUCUUUGUUGACCUCACCGCACCAGUGCCUGAUCCUGGUCAAUGUCUUUGGAUACAAGAACCGGAGAUCUACAUGGACCAGGGUCAUCGCCUUGUAGCUCGAGUUCUCCCUCUGAAAGAGUCCAACGACCGCGUAAAUGCUAUUCGACGAGUCGUAUCACGGCCGGCCAAUACCAUCAACGAGGUUGUGCAAGUCAUGCCACGCUUUGCGGAAGAGGGCAUUGUCAAUUACGCAAUCCAAAAUUUAGGACCUGCCCCGACAGGAAGCCGUGCCAAGAAUUUGGUAGCUCUUCGUGUUCUAUACAGCACGAUGGAGGCAGUGAAAUCUGACAACGACGACUUUGUUCAUCUUUGUAUUGGAAAAGACAUAGCAACAGGGGCAUUGAGGUUGACCCUGUCUACCACUAAUGCUUCGUACAUCGAGGUACCCGUGGAUCUUACUCAGGUACUGCCAAGGAUCAGCCUCUCCAUGCCACAGUUUCUUCACUGUCUUGCGCGUUACUAUGUAUCGAUCGCCAUUCUACGAAAUCAGAUGCGAACAACCCCAGGGUGCGUCAUCUUUAUCGAUGCCGACCCUUUACUCGUUCGAUGUGCCAGGGUGGUCGCCCAGUCCCAAGCGGUGGAGUUCAUUGUUUGGAGCACAAGUUCAUCUCGUAUUUCACAAAACAACGACAGCAUUAGGAUCCAUGAGAGGUCCUCAGAGAGAAAGUUGAAAGCCCUCAUACCCCCUUCAGGAGCCAACAUAUAUGAUUUCUCAUCUGGUAACGACUUCUCCGAAAGGCUGGUAAAUCUGCUCCCCAACAACUGUGAUUAUUAUUUUGGAUCUUCGGUCUUGACUUCACACUGGAUGAGCCAACGAGUCAACUGGGAUGUUGACCUGUCUUCUUACACGGAGCUUUUCAACCAUGCUGUUACGCUCACUCUUGGAGAUACUGAAAACUUCCACGAAGGUCUAAAUAAGACAUUUUCAAUCAAUGAGGUGAUUGAAGAAAAGGGCCUUGACUCAACCAUCAAUAUUAUUGAUUGGACAGCAGAAAGGACAACACAAGAGGUUGUCGAAGCACUUGUCGAGCAAAAUCUUCUCAGCGAGAACAAGACCUACGUUCUUGUGGGUCUGACUCGUGAUUUUGGGCAGAGUCUUGCGCGGCUUUUCAUAGAAAAUGGAGCCAGGCAUGUUGUCCUGGCUAGCAGAAACCCGGGAAUGUCACCAGCAUGGAAGGAAGAAUUGCGGCAGACUUAUGGAGCUCAGAUCAUCAUUGAAAGGCUAGACGUGACUAGCCUCGAGGAUGUGUCCCGAUUCGGACGGAAAAUUGAGGAGACCAUGCCUGAAGUCGGGGGAGUGAUCAACGGAGCCAUGGUCCUAGAUGACCGUGUCUUUUCACAAAUGACAGUCGAGACAUGGAAUCGCGUUCUGCGUCCAAAAACGGUGGGGUCUCGAAACCUUGACACUGUUUUUUCUGACUUGGACUUGGAAUUCUUCAUCAUGACCUCGUCUUUUGCCGCAAUCGGGGGGCAUCCUGGGCAAUGCAACUACGCUGCUGCCAACAUGUACAUGAAUGGUCUCGCAGCCAAUAGACGCAAGCGUGGAUUAGCCGGGUCCGUCUUGAACAUUGGUGUCAUUUACGGACUGGGUUUACUUCAGAGAGAGAAGGAAGAGUUGUAUAUUGGCCUGGAACGAGAAGGAUAUCCGCCAAUUUCAGAGAGAGACAUCCACCACAUGUUCUUGGAAGCCAUCGUGGCAGGGAGGCCGGGUACAUCUGAGCCAUUCGACAUUACCACUGGUCUGAGGCGUUUCAAAUGGGGAAGUCCGAAUCCUUUGCACUGGCACCAAGAUCCCCGAUUCAACCACUUUACUCUUGAUGAAGGAGCCUCAAGCAUGACCACAGAGACGGGGAUCCAGAAUAGUCUCCUGGAGCAGCUAUCCUCGCUCGAGGACGUCGAAGCGUUGACAGACUGUCUUAUUGACGCUUUCACCAGCCAUCUCAAGGUAAUGCUUCAGCUGCCGGAAGGUUCGAUCAGCCGCCAAAGCAGCCUUUCUGAAAUUGGAAUCGACUCUCUAGUUGCUGUGGACAUACGCAACUGGAUCUGGAAGAAUUUGGGCCGUGACGUUGCGGUAUUGAAAAUACUUGGUUCAAAUAGCAUUGAUCGAUGUAAGAGCUACCCUCUCCGCCCCCGAGGAACCUUUACUGACGGGUUGACAGUUUGCCAUGAUAUUGCCGAGCAAAUGUCGGCAGAGUACUACUCUGCACAAGAGUCCUCUACUGCCGAUACACCCUCUACCCCGCGCAGAUCAGAUGAAGCCAGCCUAUCUUCUUCGCCUGGGGUUAGUACGGCAACCACGGGACAGCCUCCAGUUCCGACUGGCACCUAUUUGAAAUGA